GGAAAAGUGAGAAGAUUGAUACCUACAUAUACAUUAUACAUACAGAGAGAGAAUUCUAGAGAGAAAGAAGAAUGGAGGUGGAUGGAGUGCAAGCAGUAGCAUCUAUUUGUAAGAAAGUAGACAUCAUUCCCUCAGAAUUCAUCAGAUCAGAAAAUGAACAGCCAGCAAUCACCACCUUGCAUGGGGUGGUUCUUGAAGUUCCGGUGAUAGAUUUAAGCGAUUCUGACGAAGAAAAGCUCGUAGAGUUAGUCGCAGAGUCGAGCAAAAACUGGGGUAUUUUCCAAGUUGUGAACCAUGGAAUCCCUGAUGAAUCCAUAAGCAAGUUGAUUGAAGUAGGGAAGAAAUUCUUUGAACUUCCAAAAGAAGAAAAAGAGGUUAUUGCAAAAACCCCAGAAUCUGGCAUUGAAGGAUAUGGAACAAGUUUAGAAAAAGAAAUUGACGGCAAAAAGGGUUGGGUGGAUCACUUGUUCCAUAGGGUGUGGCCUCCUUCUGCCAUUAAUUACAAGUAUUGGCCUAAGAAUCCACCCUCUUACAGAGAAGCGAACGAGAAGUAUGCUGAGAAGCUACGGGAGGUGUCGGACAAGCUGUUUAAGUACCUUUCAUUAGGGAUUGGGCUUGAAGGGCACGAAAUGAAGGCGGCGGCCGGUGGGGACGACUUGAUUUACAUGAUGAAGAUUAAUUACUAUCCGCCAUGUCCACGGCCGGAUUUGGCUCUCGGAGUGGCGGCGCAUACCGACAUGUCGACCCUUACUAUUCUUGUCCCCAAUGAGGUGCAAGGGCUUCAAGUGUUCAGAGAUGAUAAUUGGUAUGAUGUUAAGUACAUUCCUAAUGCUCUCAUCAUUCACAUUGGAGACCAAAUUGAGAUAAUGAGCAACGGGAAAUACAAGGCCGUGUUCCACAGAACGACUGUGAACAAGGAGAAGACGAGGAUGUCGUGGCCGGUGUUUUUGGAGCCGCCGGCGGAGCAUGAGGUUGGACCUAUCUCGAAGCUUGUUAACGAAGAGAAUCCAUCGAAGUAUAAGACAAAGAAGUUCAAGGAUUAUUUCUAUUGUAAGCUCAACAAGCUUCCUCAAUAAGGGAAUUAAGCACCGUCCUAAUAAUAUCAAGUUUUUAUCUCCAAUGAAUAAAUGAGGAGACAAUAUUGUUUGGAAGUAAACAUACACACAUUCGUAAGUAAAAUUUCAUAUCGAUUAAAUAUAUAAACAUUAACAUAAGUUGGCAUUUUAGAAU